AUGUUUUGUGCUAUCAGCGGAAAACCGCCAGUCAAGGCUGUUCUUUCACCUAAUUCGAAAUGCAUCUUCGAACAACAUCUACUGGAACAAUAUAUCGACCAGAAUGGUACUGACCCUAUAACCAAUGACGCACUUAAGAAAUCCGAUCUAAUUGAGAUAAAUACAACACCUCAUCAACUAUCCCUUUCAGAGACCUUGGAUUCUGCUACCAUUGCGAAUAACUAUAGUAUUCCAAGUCUGUUGAAUACUUUACAGAAAGAAUGGGAUGCUGUUAUGUUGGAGAAUUUUGAGUUAAGAAAGCAAUUGGACAGUUGCAAGAAAAGUUUGAGCGAUGCCUUGUACAGAUAUGAUGCAGUUGCAGCAACAGCAGCGAAGGCUUUUGUGGAACGUGACCAGCUCAGACAAGAACUUACAGAGCUUACAUCUUCUCUUUCUGUUGUAGAAAAUGAAGAGAAAUCUUCGGAGUCGCUGCUAUCAGAGUUUUCAAAAGAAAUAUCCACUAAUUCCCAGCAUUAUAUCACCAGUUUCAAGAAGUCUAAGAGAAAACUACAGCACUUCAACCACAUGCAAACUAAGGAUGCUGUUGAAUUUACUGGUUCAAUUGUAGUCAAUAAAAAUAGGCAUGUGGAUAUCUCUCAAAGGUCUAUGGUAGUGAAAGACAACGAAAAAGCAUAUGUAUUUGGGCUUAAAGACUCUGAAAUCGAGGUAAAUCCAAAUAUUGAAUAUCUGGUGGAAUACAAUGGUAAGCUAUACGGAUUUAUUGACAAUCAUCUAAUCAGAUAUGAUAUUGAAAGCAGAAAUAUGGUAGGAGAUGACCUUAUUGAGGGCAUUCAAACCCCAGUGAUAUUUUUAGGGUUUCCAGAACACAUAACAGAGGCCUACUUUAUUUUUGUAAGCUCAAAUGGAAUGGUGUAUGGUUACAGUACCCAUAAAAAAGAGUUGUUUACUAUUAAAGAAUUAGAGUUAGAAAAUCAUGUUGAAUUUGUUUCCUAUCAUAAAGACGGUGGAUUACUUGCAGUUGGGAACGAAACUAGUGGGGUAAUAGUUCUUAACUUACUCGCUCCAGAUAGUAAUCCUAUCAAGUUCCCAGUAUCGUUUGCUGUGACUAAAGUUGAAUUUGGCUUAAAUGGUUAUUGGAUGUUCGUGUUUGGAAAGAGUGAAUUGUGCGUUUUUGAUUUAAGGAAAGAAGUUGGAACACUGGCAAUGGAUCAAAUUUCCUUUGAUGAACCAAUUUCAACUGUCGAAAUUGAUGAUACCGGUAAAGGAUUGCUUGUCAAUACGAUUGAUGGGAAGAUUCGCUGGUUUGAACAUGUCAAAGGUCAAUCGUUUGUUGAAAAGUCCAUCCUUUCCAUCGAAAGUGGAAGCUUAAAAGAGAUGGUAUUGUUAAAAACUAUUGAAAAUGAUAAUUAUUUACUAAAGGCCCUCUCAGAUAAUAAAUGCAUAACAUAUGAAUUAAGUUCAAUUAAAUAA